AUGUUUAGUCUAAGGCUGAUAAACAAUCAAAUGAUUACAAAUCUGCCAGCAUCACUCAACAUAAUACGAAGAAACCUUGCACAAAUAACAUCAAUACAUGCAAUCCCAACAUUAAAAACACAACCAACUACAAAACAACAUUCAAUAGAGGAAGGAAAUAAGAGAAAACAAUUAUUAGAAAGACCAGGAUUAUUUGCAAUCAAACAAGGAAUGAUUACAUGGUUCACAUCAAAGGGAGAACAAUUACCAGCAACUGUAUUAGAAAUAAAUUCAUGUGAAGUUAUAAAUCACAAGACUGAAAUAGAACAUGGAUAUGAUGCAAAUAUAAUAGGUACAAUAGAUAAAUUAAAAAACUAUCCAAGAUUACAUGAAUUAAAAAUGUUUGAAGAAGCAGGAGUAUCACCAAAAUAUAAAUUUGGAGAAUUUAGAGUACGUGAUUCAUCAAAUCUUUUACCUUUAGGUACAGAAUUAAAAGCAGAUUAUUUUGCAGUUGGGCAAUUAGUUGACAUAAAGGGAAUAACUAAAGGUAAAGGUUUUGCAGGUGUAAUGAAAAGAUGGAAUUUUAAAGGUGGUAGAGCAACUCAUGGUGUUUCAAAAGCUCAUAGAACUCCUGGUGCAAUGGGAGGUAAUCAAAAUCCUGGUAGAGUUUUACCUGGUAAAAAAAUGCCAGGUAGAAUGGGGACUUCAAAUAUGACUGAUUUCAACAAGGAAGUUUUACAUGUUGAUGGUAAUGCUGGUAUUUUAAUAUUAAAAGGUUGUAUACCAGGACCAAAUAAGGGAAUCGUUAGAGUUUCUGAUGCUUUAAAACUUUAUGGAAAAUCAUUAAAUCAAUUGGCAAGAGAAUAG